CACCUGAAAAGAAAAAAAGAAAAAGAAAAAGAAAAAUACCAAAAAAAAAAAAAAAAACAAAAGACCCAAUUCUUUCGAUAACCUUAUCAGCCUCUCUCUCUCGAUUGUCUCGCCGUUCCAAUUCCAAAUCCCGAUAGUAUUUACAUCAAUUCAUCAAUCUAAAAUUCUAAAAUCCUCAAAUCUAAUAAAAAUCCUCUUCUUAAUUUCAUGGCCUAAACAGACAACAGAAAAUCCUCAGUUCUUUCUAGUAAUAUAAACCCCCCAAAAAUGUCCACCACUAACCCGACCUCACACCCAAACCCAAUUCGAUCCAACGAUGACAUCGUCGAUACGACGCCUUUACUUUCCUCGGGAUCACAAGGGGAGUCCAACAGUUCAUCCCGGCGACAAUCCCUCCGGGAAGCAGCGCGGUUCCUCCGCCGCGCAAGCAGCCGGCGCAUGAUGCGAGAGCCAUCGAUGCUGGUGCGGGAGACGGCGGCGGAGCAGCUGGAGGAAAGGCAGAGUGAUUGGGCAUAUUCGAAGCCAGUGGUGAUCCUUGAUAUAUUAUGGAAUUUUGCGUUUGUAGCAGUGGCAAUAGGGGUGUUAAUAAUGAGUAGGAAAGAGGAUCCAAGUAUGCCUUUGAGGUUAUGGAUUGUUGGAUAUGGGUUGCAGUGUGUGUUACAUAUGGUUUGUGUUUGUGUUGAGUAUAGAAGAAGGCGAAGGAGAAGGAGAAGAGUUGGAUUCGGGAUUGGUAGUGAUGGGAAUUUGAGUUCUGGGUCACGAGGUGAUUCUGGUGAGUAUGUUACUCUGGCCCAGCUCGAAGAUCAUGACGGAACAAGCAGCGUAGCGAAGCAUUUGGAAUCUGCGAAUACAAUGUUCUCAUUUAUAUGGUGGAUUAUUGGGUUUUACUGGGUAUCUGCUGGUGGUCAAGCUUUGUCACAUAAUUCUCCUCAACUCUACUGGCUUUGUAUCAUAUUUCUUGGUUUUGAUGUGUUCUUUGUCGUUUUCUGUGUGGCUCUGGCAUGUAUCAUUGGUAUUGCUGUUUGCUGCUGUCUUCCCUGUAUUAUAGCAAUCUUAUAUGCUGUUGCAGACCAGGAAGGUGCAUCCAAAGAAGACAUUGAGCAGCUCUCCAAAUUCAAAUUCCGGAGGGUCGACAAUGAUGAGAAGCUUACAGGUAAUGGUGAUGAGCAAGGACCUCUGGGUGGAGUAAUGACUGAAUGUGGCACAGAUUCACCAGUGGAACACAUUCUUUCAGAGGAGGAUGCAGAGUGUUGCAUUUGCCUCUCUGCUUAUGACGACGGAGUUGAGCUAAGGGAACUUCCUUGUGGACACCACUUCCACUGUGCCUGUGUAGAUAAGUGGCUGUAUAUUAAUGCUACCUGCCCCCUCUGCAAGUACAAUAUCUUGAAGAGUAGCAGCCGAGACAGGGAGGAAGUGUAGAAUGAUUGUGAUUGAUGUUGCAAAUGUUUGGACUUUGCAUUUGGUCGUAUCUCAGAAUCUUUCUAUGCACAGCAUGGCAUAAGACUGAAUACGAUGUUUUUCUAUUCUUCUUGUGAUAGUAGCAGUCUCUGGUUGUUUAGCGCUGGUGGUGGCACUAUUGGCUUCUUGCUCUGGCUUGUAAUAGUGCAUGUGUAUAUCGGUGUUGCUCAGGGCAUGUGAUGCUAAUGUCACCGGAGGUCUUUCUUCUUUUAUUUUUCCUCUAUUAUUACUAGAUAGGGAACAUAUUAUAGACUUAUGUAUACUACAACAGUCCAAUGUUUUUCUCUGUGUUGUUUUUGAAAUUUGUAAGAGGUGUGUUGUCAGAGGAAUAAGUAAAGAAUUCUUCGCAAAAGCUGUUGGAUCGUUUUCUGUCA